CCCAGCAGAUACAGAAGCAGGAGCAAGACAAUCACCAUCACCCUCAUCAUCAUUCUCCUAAGUCCAUCACAGCGUGGAAACGAGGAGGAGGAGCCAGCCGGAGUGAGAAACUGAUGCUCCCAGCAGGUGCCAACAAGUGAGAGGAAGCUGAGAGCCCGAGAAGGUGGGAAUGGAGAAGAGACUGUAAGAGAAGACGCCCAGCUUUCUGAGAGACAACAAACAUCAGCGUUCAGAUCUCUGCAGCCAGUGCAUUUCCCACUUCUUCUAUCUGCAAUUAUUAUUCCCGCUGCCAUGCUGCGCCCCGUGCUGCUGUGUGCCGCUCUGCUCCUCCUGACUCCCUUUGAGAUGACAGAGGCUCGUGCUCUUCAUCCUGCCCCCGAAGCUUCACAGUUUCUGGAGCAGUUUCUUGAGCGCUACGAUGACCUCCUGACCCUGGACGACCUGGAGAACCUUCUAAACAGCCCGACGGACGAUCGGUCCACUGCCUCCUCCUCCUCCUCCUCCUCCUCUGGGGUCAAAGCAGCCGAGUUCCCCAAAUGGGCAGACAUCCAGACUGAGCCCGAGACCCCUUGGCUCCGGCUGCUGAAGGGAGCCCUGGCCAGUCAGAGGCAAGCGGAACCGGAAAGGUCACGGAGAGGAUGGAACAGAGGAUGCUUUGGCUUGAAACUGGACCGGAUCGGGUCCAUGAGCGGACUUGGCUGUUAGUGCAGAGAGAAGAAAAGAUGAGACUGGGGGCAUCCUUCGUAGAUAUGUUCACAAGCAAGCUUUCACCUGCAGAAACAGGAUGUUUACACGUAGUUUCUAUGUAGUUUACUGUAAUGUGUUUUAAGCCAUUGUAGAUUAGAUGCCUCAAAUUUCAUUCCAGACCGAGUACUAGAAAAUGUUAGCUGUUCCCAUGAUAUCCUCACAGUGUGUGUAGUAAAUGUAGACCAAUUUAACAUUUUUGUGUGUAACAAAAACGUGAGGAUCCAAAGACGAUGGCACUGGUAAACCCUCUGCAGUUCCUUUUAUGUUCUCUUAUGAUUUGCAUGAAUAAAUGGA